UUGAUGAUGCAGCCUCGCAUUACUGACGUUAGAUGGUCUCGCGUGGAUAUCCGACAUGUCGUCUCUAGCGGAUUCAAGAAAAGAGCUGGGCUCGUUGAGUGCAAGGCCAGCCUAAUCUGGAGCUUGGAAUAGGAGUAUAUAAGAGCUCUGCAUUGUUCAAUCUUUAGAAAGACUAUUUUGCAAGCUGUGCUCGAGCUAACUACUGCGACCUUUCUUCUCCCUUCGUUCCUCACUCUUACUCACUACCAACCCCCCUUCCCCACAAUGUCGCUAACAACAUACCUCCUAACACCCUAUACGCUCCUCCUCCUCCCAGUCCUCUACUAUCUCCUUCCUUACCUCCGCAAUUGGCAAAUCCGCGACAUUCCCGCCCCAUUCCCAGCCGCCUGGACAAACCUAUGGCUCCUCUACCAAUGCCGCAGAGGGAGACGAUAUCUCGCAGUCCACGAAGCACACCAAAAAUACGGGAAGCUAGUUAGAGUGCAACCGCAUCACGUCAGUGUAGCAGACGCCGACGCGAUUCCGCACAUCUACGGCCACGGCAAUGGAUUCCUGAAAAGCGAGUACUACGACGCGUUCGUCUCGAUUCGUCGUGGUCUGUUCAACACGCGGGAUAGGGCGGAACAUACACGGAAACGCAAGACUGUCUCGCAUACCUUCUCGGCCAAGAGCAUUGGCCAGUUCGAGCAGUACAUCCACCACAACCUCGAGGAGCUGCAGAAGCAGUGGGAUCGCAGGGCUGAUCAGAAAAAGGGGGACUGGUACCAAAUGGAUGCACUGCAUUGGUUCAAUUACCUCGCUUUUGAUGUCAUUGGUGACUUGGCCUUUGGCGCGCCGUUUGGCAUGUUGGAGAAGGGGAGGGAUGAGGCCGAGGUUCGCAAGAGUGCGGAUGCGCCGCCUACUUUUGCGCCUGCUAUUCAAGUUCUCAACAGGAGAGGAGAGGUGUCUGGCGCCAUUGGUUGUUUCCCUGCCAUCAAACCCUACGCAAAAUAUCUCCCCGAUCCGUUCUUCUCGCAAGGCAUGAAGGCUAUUGAGAACCUUGCCGGCAUAGCCAUCGCACGGGUAAACGCUCGCCUCGAAAAACCGUCUGACCGCGUCGACCUCCUCGCUCGUCUGAUGGAAGGCCGCGACGAAACAGGCAAUAAACUCGGCCGCGAAGAACUUACUGCCGAAGCCCUUACCCAAUUGAUCGCUGGCUCAGACACCACCUCCAACACCUCCUGCGCCCUCCUUUACCACUGCUUGCAACAUCCAGAAGUCGUGAGAAAACUGCAGGCUGAGUUGGAUAGCGCGCUCCCGGACAUCGACGCCGUACCCACAUUCGCCCAAGUGAGGGAUCUUCCCUACCUCGACGCCGUGAUCAAGGAGACGAUGCGUAUACAUAGUACUUCCUCUCUCGGUCUGCCGCGUCUGAUCCCCCCUGGUCCCGGCAUAACCCUCUGCAAUCACCACUUCCCUCAAGGCACCGUUCUCUCCGUGCCAGCAUACACAAUCCACCACAGCACCGAGAUCUGGGGACCCGAUGCGGAUACUUUCCGUCCUGAGAGAUGGGAGAAAGUCACUGAGGAUCAGAAAGCGGCCUUUAUCCCGUUUAGUCAUGGACCGAGGGCUUGCGUGGGACGCAACGUGGCGGAGAUGGAGUUAGCUCUUAUUGUGGGCACGGUAUUUAGACGGUAUGAGUUUGAGCUCAGGCAAGGGGAGAUGCAGACCAGAGAGGGGUUUUUGAGGAAACCACUGGGCCUGGAAGUGGGGAUGCGUAAGAGGCAAGUAUCAUGAUUGGGGGAAGCGAACUUUGGAUGUUCCGCGGUGGAUGUGAUGAUGGAGGAAAUGUGGGGAAGACAUUAAAGGUAUUCGGGAUUGUUGGCAAUGUAAGAGCCAGUGCACUCGAAGUGGGUCUGAAGGAGUACAGGCAAAGCUAGUCAGCACCUCAUCUCUGCUAAACGUUCCGACUUCCCCUCGUUCAUAUACGCGCGAUAGAGAAACGACUGUCUUGAUAUUUAAAUGUAUAUACAACCCAUCGCAUAUGUGCAGCCCUUGAGCCUCCUCCUACAUGAACCCGCCUCGAACUUGAUUCAGGACAAUCUACGAGUUCCCCAAGAUCCACAGUUCACCGUUGGAGCUAAUAUCGCUCGUCAUGAACAGCCUACCCUGGCCAUCGAACGCAAGUCCCGCAGGCCUGAAGCAUCCCGAGCUAGAACCCGGUCCACCGCCC